AGAGAGAGAGAGAGAGAGAGAGCAAACCCUUGGGAUUCCCCAGAUAAUCCAACUUUUCAGCUGCUGAAGAGAGUCAACAUCACUGGAGCUUCGACAUUCGAGAAAACAUGAAGUGUCUCCUGUUACUUGGUCUAGUGGCCGUUGCCGUAGCAGCCUCGGUCAAGACCCAUGGCCCCUUGGAUGAAGAGUUCGGGUACGUGACGGUACGCCCGGGUGCCCACAUGUUCUGGGUUCUAUACCACACUGACCAGCCAGGUGACUAUACGACCUACCCUCUCAUCAUGUGGCUUCAGGGAGGACCUGGGGGAUCAGGAGUUGGCUACGGCAACUUCAUGGAAUUGGGUCCUUAUGACAUCAAUGGAAAUCAAAGACCUUAUGCCUGGACCAAGAAAGCCAAUCUCCUCUUCGUGGACAAUCCAGUUGGAACCGGUUACAGCUAUGCCGAGAGCUACGACACGUUCACCAGAGACAACGACCAGAUUGCGAAAGAUCUGGUCGUCCUCGUGAAGGAGAUCUUCAAGAACAAUACCGAUCUCGAGCGGAUGCCCUUUUUCGUCUAUGCAGAAUCAUACGGCGGGAAGAUGACCGUCGAUUUUGCACUGGCGUUCGAUGCUGCCGUCAAGAAUGGAGAAGUGGUCAGCGACUUCAGAGGCGUUGCCCUUGGCGACUCUUGGAUUAGCCCCAUGGACUCCGUUAACACCUGGGGUUCGUUCCUGUACCACAUGGGCUUUGUCAAUCGCAAGGGGAUGGAAACCAUAGACGCAGCGGCUGCCCAGGCCCAGCUGGAAGUCGACCAGGGGAACUGGGAAGCAGCCACCACCGAGUGGGGCAACACAGAGUUCGUUGUCAUGGACGUAGCCCACGACGUCAAUUUCUACAACGUCUUGGCUGAAGAAGACAUUUACUUCCUGAAGAAUCGGAGGCCUCAUUCCAGAGAUCUUUCCUAUAUGUCUCCACAAGUCCGUCAUCUGUACGAGCACCACGUCCUCGGACGCUACGGGCUGACCAACGACGCCCUGAGCGACUUCAUGAACGGGGAGCAAGCCGCCCGCUGGGGUAUCCCCCCUGAGGUGGUCUGGGAUAGCCAGGGGGGCACCGUUUUCGACCAGCUUACUGGGGAUUUCAUGAAGCCUGUCGUCACUUCAGUUGAGAAACUGCUGACUGAGACGAGUCUUCACGUGGCUGUCUUCACGGGUAACCUUGACCUGAUCUGUGACACCCCAGGUACCUACAACUGGAUUGAAAACAUGGAAUGGCCGGGGAAGCAAGCGUGGCUUGCAGCAGAAAAUGCUGUUCUGCAUGUCAGUUCUUACUCCUCUCAAGCAGCUACAGUGCAGCGUUCAGGCCAGUUCUCACUGUUCACCUUAUUCAGAUCAGGACAUAUGGUGCCCAUCGACGCUCCAGAAAUGGCUCUGGUCAUGAUUGACCAGAUCACCGGAUUCACUAACGAAGCUAAGGAGAAACGAGACGAGAAGACCCAGCGUGCUCCGGUAGCUGAGGACAAACAAGCGACCACCACGAUGCGCGAGGAAGCGCUGAAGCUAAGCGCUUCUAAAGCGAGCCAGGCUGACGAACCCGACCCUGCAAGUACGAAACCCGUGAAGACCCCUAAACGCAAGUCGUCUCGUGUCCACCACGACCCCCGGGCGGAAGUGGUUCAUGCCCGAUCUGACACACCUACCUCCCAACAUUUCAUAAGAAGAGUCCGCGUUUAAGAGUUUGGCAAGUGACUGAUACUAUCUGCUGUGGUGGACUGGACUGACUUGUAUACGCCGUGAUCGAGAACGAGUCCAGCAGACAUUCUCAGUCUAACUUAACUGUUACUAUGAUAAUCGUGGUAUUAGUGCUUUUCAAUAAGUACACUGUAUAGUAUGAUUGGUCAUUUACAUAUUUUGUAAUGAGCUUUAACUGCAUCAAAUCCUGUUAAGUAAAAGCUUACUUAUCAACUUUCUUCAGUUUUCUGUUCGUUCCAUAAGAUUGUGUGUUUUUAUUAUAGUAUAUGAUGCAAUUGCACUAAUUCAUUAUUUUUAUCAUUAUCAUAAGUAAAACGUGUAACCAAAGUAUUGUAGAAAUACAAUAGCAUUUGUGCAGUGCCACUAAAACUAGUGGCUUUUAAGAUGACUCUAAAGAUAAUUCAAAAUAAUUUGGAUGAUGUGAUGCCGAGAGGACAGACGAGUAAAUAUCUUCUAAAGGAAA